AUGUCUCUGUUAGUGUUCCGAGAAGAGCCCAAUUUGCUCACUGGGACUGUUCUGUCAAACAAAGGAAACAGUUUUCAGCUUACCUCAUUACCCUUCCAGUUAGACAAUGAUACCCAUUUUUUAGAUAGCCAGAACGCGCUGUUAUACCUCCUAACAAAAGUGUGGCAGUUUGACUUGCGAGGAGAUUGUCCAUAUAGUCGUGUCUUGUUGUACGAAUCUACCUCGAUGUCACCGCUGAGUGAUCAUGGUGAUAAUGGCGAAAGGGCAGUAAACUCAAUGGUAACAGCAGACUUUACACUUUUUUCUUGGGACCCCACAGGAGCAAGAGUGACGACUGCUGUUUCCAGCCUUGAACUAAGGAACAGUUCUGGGCAUCCUUUGAAUGCGACAAAACUGAAUGCACUUGUUACCAUUAAACUUCAGAACCUCCAGGUCUUCAUAAACACAUCUCAGUCUCAUUACAUUGGAGCCAACAGAACCAUUUUCUAUAAGAUAAAUGUUUCCCAAUUAGGAAUGGCUUUGAUGCUCAAGAUUCGUCCGGAAAGCAACAAGACAGAGUUUGUGGUAACUUUUAAGUAUGGAAGGCAGCCGUCUCUGAGUAGUAGCGACUUUAAUGUUACAAUACCUGACCUUUCAUCUUGCGAUGAGAUGCCAGAUGGGUACCUCAACUGCUCACGUGAUCCGUAUAUGUUGUUUGUGAACCAGGAAUUUUUCCAGAACAAUGGUCUUGGAUACUACUUUGUUGGACUAAAAGCCGUGUCACGAGUUUCUGCGAUCUCUCGAGUUCGGCGUUGCUCAAAGCAGUCAUGUGUGCGAUACAAGGAACCGCCCACUGAUGGUGCAAGUUACAGCGUACCCCACUACCGUGAAAGUGAUGAAAAUUACACAAUUCAGGUAAUGCCGGCUGCCUGCCUGUUCUGGAACGCAGAAAUAUCCCAGUGGACAUCAGAGGGAUGCAGGGUAACCGAGAUGACGACUCAAGAUUAUGUUCAUUGCUCUUGUAACCACUUGAGCGCUUUUGGAGGUCAGUUACUAGUGGCACCCACUCCCAUUGAUUUUGAUAUAGUUUUCACGGAAUUGGCUCGUCUACCUGAUAGUGGAAACACGGCUGUUAUAGUAACUAUUAGCUGUGCGUUUGGACUUUAUCUGUUGCUGUUGAUGUGGGCUCGAAAGAAUGACAAACGCGAUCUUAUGAAGGUAGGUAAGAGUGCAGUCGUAGGAGUUCCUUCACCUUUGUCUUAUUUCGUCGAGAUUCAAGUAUCUACGGGCAUUUGGCGUAAUUCGGGCACAACUGCUAACGUUUUUAUCACACUAGAGGGAGAGUUAGGUGGCAGCCGACCAUUCCAUUUAAAGCACGACUCUUGCAUCUCUUUCUCAAGAGGGAGUAUUAUCUCCUUUAUUCUUUCGAUUCCUGACGACAUUGGCCCCAUAAAAACUGUCCGCGUAUGGCAUGACAACUCAGGCACCAGUCCAUCGUGGUUUUUGAACCACAUCAAGGUCUUCGAUCUCUUUACUAAGAAGCAGUGGAACUUUAUGUGUUUUGCGUGGCUGGCUGUUGACAAAGGUGAAGGAUUGAUAGACCGCACCCUUCACUCUACUUCCACGACCGCUAAAGGAAUUGACUUUGCGGUUUAUGUUCUGAAUAGAAUUGCGGAAGAAUUCAGUGACUCACAUGUUUGGUUUUCUGUAGCAGCCAGACCACCAAGGUAUCGCUUUACUCGCGUCCAACGUUUAUCUUGCUGUCUGGCACUCUUGCUAACCUCAAUGUUAGCAAGUGCUAUGUUUUACCAGCAUGGAACAGUGGUGGGCGACACUCAAGGAUCUCUCAGGAUGGGUCGUUUUGAUGUGAACCUCAAAGAAUUCAUCGUUGGAGUACAGAGCCUUAUAGUAAUUUUUCCUACCUAUGUUUUGACCGUAGGACUUUUCGUCCAUACUCGAUCGGUGGAUGAGAAUAAACAAAUGGCUCUCAAAGCUAGCGCAGAAAGGAAAUCUUUUUCUUUUCCACACCGGUUUGUUUUCGUUCCUUGGCUCCUAUGUUUUCUCCUCUCGGCCUGUGCGGCAGCUUUUGUCGUCUUCUAUAGUCUACAGUGGGGUGCAGAUACAAGUGAGCAGUGGCUGGCUUCGGUUUCAACGUCAAUUUUUAUAGACAUAUUUUUAAUCGAACCUGUUCAAAUCAUCGUUGUUGCCUUCAUAUUGCCCCCUAUAUUCAAAGAAGGAACUGACAAAUUUACGUGGAUGACUCGCCCAGCCGACCCAAAGGUUGAACUCGACGAUAUUAAAGUUGGUGGGCUAAGCAAUGAUGAGGCUGACAACGAAGAAGUUGAAAUACCAAAGCCUUUAAGUAAGAAACAGUUACGUCGUGCAAGGAAGACUCGGCUAAGAGAGAUAUAUAUAUACUCAGCCUUUCGGAAUUUAGGGUCUUACAUGCUUUACUUAUUGAUUCUUAUGAUUGUUUGCUACGGUGGCCGUAGUAAGCAUGGGUACCUGAUGACAUCAUCCAUGAAGAAUACGUUUGGAGAGCUAAACAUGAUAUCGAAUCACUUCAACACAUGGGACUGGGCACGUGACGUUUUGGUACCAGGGCUUUUUGAGGAUGGGAAAAAAGUCAUUCUGAAUAGUUCCAGUCCUUACAUUGGAGAUGGCGACGCUGUCCUCGUUGGGAUGCCUCGUCUGAGGCAGCUACGAGUUAAAGAAGGUCCUUGUGAUGUCGGCAUAGAGGAAUUGGCCACCUAUUUCAAUUCAUGUGUGGUUUCAUAUACAUUCAGUAGCGAGGAAAAAACAAGCUUCCAUGAAACAAGAUGGCGUCUAUUUUCCUCGUCCAAGAAUGAGUCCUUCAUUAGUCUUCAUCAGGUCUGUCCAAGUGCUUGGCAUUAUUCGUCAGCCCAAGAAACAUCAAGCCUUCCAUUGUGGGGUAGACUUCAUCUGUCUAACUUUUAUGGAGAAGGAGGCUACCUGGCUGAGUUGGGCUACGACAAAACAACUGCAUUGAAUGUCAUCUCCGAACUAAACCUGUUUAAUUGGACUGACAGGUUUACCAGUGCAUUAAUUUUGGAGUUCGCAGUUUUUAACUCUCAAGUGAACUUGUUCAGCGUGAUUUGGAUCCUUACUGAGUUUUCACCAAGUGGUCUCGUGGUCUCUAAUCACGUUAUUCAUACCUUGCACAUAUAUGACAUUGGAGGGGGCUACAGUGCUGUUACCGUUACUUGUCAAUUGUUACUGGUGGCAUAUAUUAUAUACUUUGUUGUCAAGGAAACGAGAAAUGUCAUAGCAGGUUUUCGAAUGUAUUUCUCUCAGUUUCUAAACUGGGUUGAAGUUACACAAACUUUUGCAGUCAUUGGCUUUCUUAUUUCUCACAUUAUGAAAGAAACACAGCUCUUUGCUACCACAGCAAAACUCAGAGAAAAAACUUUUCAGUUUAUCAGUUUCGAUAGAGGUGUUCUUCUGCAAGACCUGGAAACGGUAUUAAUAUCGUUACUGAUAUUCUUGAACACUUUGAAGUUGCUCUAUUUGCUCAAAUUGAAUUCCCACGUGAGGCAUUUAUUUCAUGUGAUGAAAGGAUCUGCUCGGGAACUCGCUCACUGCUCGGUUGCAUUCGCUGCCUUCACGUUUGGAUGUAUCCAUGUAGGAUACCUUCUGUUUGGAAGCGAACUUUACUCCUUCUCUUCGCCUUUCAACAUUCUGCAGUCUCUUCUAGUCGAAGGAGUCGUUGGUGGCAGAGUCGACUAUUUUAACGAUUGUUGCACAAUCAUUGGCCCCGUAUACGUUACGGCGAUAAAAAUGGCAGUGAAUCUCAUAUGCAUCAAUCUUUUCAUUUCUAUUCUUGUUUAUAACUAUGGCCGCAUCAGGGAACUCUCCAAAGGGAAAUUUGAUGUUGGACAUUUCAUGGUGGUGAAAGUGAAAGAACUAUUGGGUUGCGUGGGCAAUCGUCCGAGAGCGAGCGAAGGCGUUUCUGGGCAUGAUACACCGAGCACGGAGAUCGAGGAGGAUAUUCUUCCUGAGGCAGCUGAGAUAUUGGCGAGUUUGGAUCGGAUUAAUCAUCUUUUAAAUGCUAAAUACGCCGAAGAAUUUUGUGAAGAUCUUGAACUAUUUUCUUUGUGGUUUGAUCUUCAUAUGCAAGCCAAGAAAUCCAAGGAUUUGCGAGAAAAUCGGGUCGAUGCAAAAGACAAUUUUGAGGCUGCUGUAGAAGAAGAUUCGGUAGAUGCACUAGAAUGAAAUAUGAUCUCCUUGUGCAAGAUGGGCGAUUGAUGAAUAACUUGCCUUAAAAACUUAUCAUCGGAAACUACUGAUUCGAUUUAAUUUGAUUUUGAUCGCUUUCAGAGGUAAAAAGAAAAACUGUACACAUGAAGGAGGCAUCAUUGUCACGUUAACUUUGGAGCAAUUUUAGUCAUUGUCCUCCCAAGACAUUCAUUUAGGACUGCUUUUUAAAUUGUACGCAGUUAUUAGAUUUUACUUCGCCAUUUCGUUAAUGGCUUCUUUAGCAGCUUUAGGGUUUUACUAUGUUUUAAUAUUUGCUAUUGCGAGAACUUCAAUUAUAACUUCUUUGGACCUUCAUCAACUACACCUACCAGGCCUUAAAACUUACACGGCUUCGGUGAUUAACAUUGAGUCAGUUGAUUCUUUAAGUUACAGCAUUCUCAAGUCAUUUUGAUGUGGUUCUUCUUUUUAAC